AUGGCCGUUCCAAAGAAACGUACUUCUAUAUCAAAAAAGCGUAUUCGUAAAAACAUUUGGAAAAGAAAAGGAUAUUUGGCUGCGCUAAAAGCUUUUUCCUUAGCAAAAUCUCUUUCUACCGGGAAGUCAAAAAGUUUUUUUGUGCAACAAACAAAUAAACAAGUAUUGGAAUAA